UAUGCAUUCCAGGGAGGGGAUGGCGCUGCUAGGACACCCUCCAGGUCUGGCAUUUUGCAAGCAGCAAUCGCUUUGUCCAGGAGCGUGCGAUUCCGAGGCCAUAGCAGCGGCAGCAACGAGAGAGGCGAUAGGUAUCUCCAGCUCCCAGCCAGAUUGCGAGGCUCUACUUGCCGAUUGGAAGACGAGGAUAGAGCUAGAACUGUUUCGGGCGCUCAACAGCGCGCAAUGCGUGUCCUCCAGGGCGAAGAAGACGGGGUGGAGAUUUUCUGGCAGUGGAAGUAAACAGCCAGGAAGCAGGAAGAAAUGGGUCAAGUCCGUGCUUGGCGCUCUUGGGAUAGUUUUAGCUUUCAGCGGGGUGGCCAGCGUUGUGAAGAUCUUGCUCUCGGCUCUGCCUCCGGAUUUCAUAGACAGAUGGAGGAAACUCGAGGGCGAGCAGCCGAGAGCUGAUCCAAAGUUUGGACAAGGAGAAGAGCCCGAGACUGUGAUUUAUGACUGUCACGGCGAGGUGAUUGCCACUCUUGUUCCUGGAGGAUACAUUGGCAAGCGAGAUCCUUUGAAAACUUCGGCCUCGACCGGUCCUCUCCGUCCGAGCGACAUUCCUUCGGCGAUGUGGCAGGCGGUGGUAGCUUCCGAGGAUCGGCGUUUCUUUGAGCACCAUGGAAUUGAUCCGAGAGGGAUUUCUCGUGCGGUGCUUACGCUUUCUUCUAGCGGUGGUGGAAGCACGAUCACGCAACAGCUGGUGAAGAACUUAUUUCUAACAAACGAACGAAAAUGGUCUCGCAAGGCUGUGGAGAUCAUUCUAGCACUUCUUUUGGAGAAACGUAUGUCCAAGUGGGAUAUCUUACGUCUUUACCUUGACAAGAUUUAUUGGGGCCACGGUGUCUACGGUUUGAAAGCCGCCGCAGCGUUUUACUUUGGAAAGCAUCCAUCACUGUUGACGCUAGCAGAAUGCGCAAUGCUAGCAGGCAUUAUUCCUGCACCCGAACUUCUGUCACCAUAUAGAGAUCCUAGCAGAGGGAAAAAGCCUCAGGCUAGAACACUCCGGCGCAUGGUCGAGGUUGGAUUUCUGGAUGCCGACAGUGCUGCUGCUGCGGUUAAUGAACCUCUCUCUCUUUCUUUGGAGUAUCAGGAAGGAACCUGUGGUCCAUGGCGUGCUCCUUACUUUGUCAGCGAGGUGCUGUAUGAGCUGACGCAAACUUAUGGAAGAGACCACAUUCUUCGCGGCGGAUUACAGAUACGUACUACACUGGACUUGUCCAUACAAGAUAUAGCUGAAAAGACCAUCACGGAAGCUUUGUCCGAAUUUGAUAAUGAAAGGUUGGUUCUUGCGGAUAAGGAGAUCGGGAAGAUCCGCGAGAAAAUUCAAAAAUUAGGAAAAACUCGGGCCGAGGAAAUUUUGAAAGCCGUAAACGCGGUUACGUUAAGGAUCCAAAAGGAUGCGAAGAAGCGUCGUCGAAAAAUGAAGGACGUCAGUAAGCUCAGAGAGGAAACAGAUAAAGCCAUUUCUCUUGCUGCGGAGAAAGCCAAAGCAGCUGUUUGUUUGCGAUUCGACUGGAUGGAAAAGAGAUUAGAAGCAUCUCUUGCAAAAUAUGAAGAUGAAAGCAAGAAGGCAGCUGUAGCAAAGAUGGAAGGAGCAGUGAUUGGUAUCGAUCCUUUAAGUGGUGCGGUUCGUGUACUUGUCGGUGGCAGGGACUACUAUGAAAGCAGUUUUAAUCGAUGCACGCAGGCAUUUCGAUCACCUGGUUCGACAUUCAAACCGGUUGUGUACCUUACAGCUCUAGCCGAAGGAAUUGAUCCAAGCCGUACGAUCGUGGACGCUCCUUACACGAUUGGUGGCUUUACUCCGGAGAACUACGACCGCAAAUAUAGAGGAAGAGUUACAGUGGAAGAAUCGUUGCUGAGAUCUCUGAACGUUCCAACUGUAAAACUGUGUGCAGAAGUCGGAGUCGACAAGGUAUGUGCCAUGGGAGCGGCGCUUGGCAUUGAUACAUUUCUUCCUUACGAACUGUCUCUGUCCCUUGGCGGCUGUGAGGUGACUCCACUGCAACUUGCUACUGUGUAUGCAACUAUUGCCUCCGGAGGAAUCUACCGAAAGCCAUACAUGAUUUCCUGUGUGCGGGAUUCCCAAGGCGAAGUUUUACAGGAACAGCCGGCACCAAGUGAAGAGGCAGUUGUGGACGAGUAUGCAGUGUCUGAGCUCAGGAGGCUACUGCAGGCCGUUGUAGAGAAAGGAACUGGACAAUCUGCAAGAAUAGGAAGGCCUUGCGCUGGGAAAACCGGAACUUCUGAUGGCUACAGAGACGCGUGGUUUGCUGGCUUUACGCCCGAGCUUUCUUGUGUGGUCUGGAUUGGAUAUGACGACAACACUCCUGUUGGUGGAAUGCAUCCAAUCACAGGUUAUUCACACGCGGCUCCACUUUGGAAGCAUUUUAUGAUUCUCGCUCACGAGGGCCUUCCAAUCCAAAGAUUCCAUGACUAUGGACGAGAUAGAUACGGCAACCAAGGUUCUCGCGAUUUUGAGAAGAGAUCACGUCGACCGCAAAGGCUGCUGGCUUUCCGGGAUACUCCUCCCACUAGUGUGGCCGACUCGAAGUUUGGCAUCAGUGGCACGCAGUGGAAACAAGUGUGGGACUGGGAGAAGGCUAGCGUUGCGUGGGAGGAACGGGAGAAAAUGCAAACGUGGACAGAGACGAGGUCCAAACACGAGGAAAGAAUCAGUGCUCUGAGAGAGCAGUGGCAGAAUCUGAUUCUCCGUCCGGUUUCAGGAGUGUUGCAGUUCUUGAAGAGGUUUGAUUUGCUACACUAGGAUCCGCAAAAAAAUUGUUUUUUGGAGCUUGCCAGUCUUCAGGAUGAGCGAAACAAUGCAUUUGUCAUCGGUUUCCAUCCACAAGAAUUCAAAGGCUUUCUUGGUUUUAUACGGAAAAAGUAACGCCGCCGAAUUUUAAGGUUUUAUCGGUUUGACGUUUA